AUGUCCGCCCCCGGACCAGUACCCUCCCGUCAGGACAAGCCUCACCCACACUCGGUCUUCGUCGACCCCACCGGCAGGUUCCUCCUGAGCGCAGAUCUAGGAGCGGACCUGAUCCGCAUCUUCAGCAUCGACGCUUCAAGCGGAAAGCUCACCAACUGUCCCGCUGCAGCCACCGGGCCAGGCGACGGGCCCCGCCACGGCGUAUUCUGGACCUCACCCUCGGGCACGACCUCUCUCUACAUCGUCAACGAGCUCGCGGGGUCCGUCACAUCGUGGACGGUGGCCACGCCCACCGCAGCGGGGAGCUGUCUGAGCCUCAGCAAGAUGCAGUCAGUAUCGACGUACCCGGCGGGCAAGACGGCACCCGUCGGAUCCAAGUCGGCCGAGGUGCACAUCUCGGGCAACUUUGUCUACGCCACCAACCGCAAUGACCAGUCCUUUGGCAGCCAGCAGGACUCGGCGGCCACGUUUGCGAUUGACACCGCGACGGGGAAGAUCACCUUUGUGGAGGCGACAAGUACGCAUUCGUACUUCCCGAGGACGUUUGCCAUCAACAAGGCCGGGGAUGCGGUGGCGUUUGGGGGCCAGACCUCAUCGACUGUCGUGGUUGUUGCACGAAAUGCGUCCACGGGAAGGCUGGGCGACGUGGUUGCGCAGCUUCAGGUCGGGACGCCGGGGACGGUGAAUAAUGAGGAUGGGUUGAGUGCUGUUGUUUGGGAUGAAUGA